AGGAAGGUGUAUAUGAGCUUGUAUAAUGUGGGAUGCAAUAUUUGUAAAGAGGUUGCUAGAUUAAGAAUCAUAGAAGGAAGGUUUAAUUGUACAAAGAGAGUUUUAUCAUCACGUGAAUUUGCUCUUACCAAUUAUUAA